AGUGGACAUUAGAGGUGUAUGUGUGAUUUGUUUAGUUAUGUUUGUAAAUUUUACCAAAUUGUGUAUUUUUGUGUUUGUUGUUUAUUUUGCUUGAGGACAAGCAAAAGCCUAAGUGUGGGGGAUUUGAUGUGCUUGUAUUUUACACACUUUUUAGGCUUAGUUUGUUAAUAAUUUUGGUCACUUAAUUUGUAUAUUUGUACAUAUUUUUAUUAUUUAUCAUUACUUUGUACGAUGUGUAGUUCUAUGCAUGUAUUUUGUAUUUUCAGGUACUUUUGAUACUAUUUGAUACAUUUGUGUGUGAAGAAAAGAAGAAAAUAAAAGUUCAAGUUGGAGGUCAAUAAAAGUGGAAUUUCUUUCAAAGCAAAUAAGGAGUAAAUUGAAGUUAAGAAGCAAAAAUAUGAAAACACAGAGAUGGGAUUCGGUCCCUGAACCAGGGGUAGAGGAAUGUCAUUCAGAACCAAUGAACUAUCUUGCCAACGUUGUACACAAUCAGCCGGCAGUUUAUAUAUUGCUUGUGACCACAUCAAAGAAAAAAAUGGAACAAAAGUCGGAAGCCCAGAAUCGAACCCGCGACCUCUGCUACAUGCUUAAACACUUCGUCCGCUGCACUGCUACACAUUAUUGAUACUUGGACGCGUUUUCUUGUACAUAUACUCUCCGGUUCCGUAAAUUCCAGCAAUUAAUGAUUAAUCACCUUAUCAUUAUAUUGCCUUAAUCCAUCUCCCUCCACACAUAAUCUCGAGCCAACUUCUCUCUACACCUCCCAGAAUCAUUUUCUCCUCCUUCUCUCUUCAUUCUUCAUCUCCAAAUCAUCAACCAAUCUUCAACAUCAAUUAAUCACUUUCUCAAUCAAGAUUAAAGUCAAGAUUAGCACCAAGCUCCAAGGAUUGUCAUCUAUCACAAGUUUGAUCUUCCUUAUCUCUUUAAAUCUUGUACUUCAAUCAUGAAUUCAUCUAUUUCUAAGCUUCCCAACAUAUAUAGCUAAAUAAAUUUGGGGCUAGAAAUUGGUUAAUUAAUUGUUCUUAUCAUGUUUUAAUUUGUAUUGAUUUUAAUUGUUAAGUUUGUUCUAUUUAGAUUGUUGUGUCCAGAAAAUUAAUUAAGUUAUGUUUGUGAUAUAUAUAUUAUGAGUACUCAAUCAUAAACAUAUUGUUUGUUAAAUACACAAAUGAACACUUUCUGAACACCGUUAAACUUCUUUUACCUUGUCCCGGAUUGAAGUUUUACGGGAGAAUUUAAUUAUUUAAUUAUAUUAUUUACACCACGGGGUUGGGUAAAUAAUAUAGUUAAUAAUUAAGGUUGUCGUUGCACUUAAACAACUAGUCUCGUUUUGGCCAUCACUGGGAAAUGUUGACUAGUUACUUAUUUUAGAUGACUUGUGUUGAGUCCUAAAAUAUUUAUCCACAACUUCUCACAAUCUAUCUACGAAUAAAAUUAGCAAUUAUUUCUUUCAAUUAAACAUUGAACAAUUAGUUACCAAUUUCUACCCCUACUUACUAUUGGUUGAACUUUGUGUUGAUAAAAAUCUCUCAUCUCAAUCACUUUUAUUUUAUUACUUUUCCAAGCAACCAAAAAAAAUCAAAAGAAACGCACUCCCAACUUUAAUCCUUAGUUUGUGCUUAAUUAUUUUAUUUCCCGCUUCUCUGUGGUUCGACACCCUACUUCCUUGGGUAAAAAAAAAUAGUUGUGUGCCCAUUAUAUGCUACACACCAGGUCGUCAGCUGGGUGCUCGGCCUCCUAGACGUUCCCUUCCUCAGGGAUGAAGUCAUUGGAGACGUUGUCAGCAACGUCGCCUUGUCCCUCUUGGUACUCCUAGUUCACAGGGGCGUUCCUACCGACGAGAUUCUUUGACUUUGUUCUUCCCAUAGCUAGUGGUAGUGUCUAGUAGCGACGAAGGGUUCUCACUUGAUCUGUUCUAGCUCUCAACGAGAGCACCAAAUGAUAGAGUAUUUAAUUCUAGAGAGAGAAAGUGAGUAAUUAAUAUUUCUCAACCCCCAUAACUAGCCCCCUGGGGUCGAUUUAUAGGGAAAAAUGUGGAUUUGGGCUCCUAGCUUUGGGUUUAGGAGGCCCAUUACAAUAAUCAUGCCUUCUUUAGGCGGAAUAGGGCCACUAAUGGGCUGAGUACAACACUUAGUAAAUAAAGUAGGAAAAUGCAUUCUGCCUGGGCGAUGUCCGGCCGAUGCGGUGCCUUUUGGCCGAUGCGGUCCCAUGGCCGAUGUGGUCCAUGGGCCGAUGCGGCCCCAAGAGCCCGGGUUGGGUGCUGGGCUGAUUCGUCUCUGGGCCGUUGCGGGCCACGUGGAUGCUCUGCUGGCGUGUUUGACCUCUAGGGUAUGUGGGUCAUGGGGUCCAGGCCCAUAUACUCUAUCAAUUACUAUUACUAUUACUAUUACUAUUACUAUUACUAUUACUAUUACUAUUACUAUUACUAUUACUAUUACUAUUACUAUUACUAUUACUAUUACUAUUACUAUUACUAUUACUAUUACUAUUACUAUUACUAUUACUAUUACUAUUACUAUUACUAUUACUAUUACUAUUACUAUUACUAUUACUAUUACUAUUACUAUUACUAUUACUAUUGUUAGCAUUUGAUAUAUUAGUCUUUUAUUAGCCUUUUGUAUUGGUGUUUCCUUUUCUUUUGUUUGCUUACGUUUGUCCCACACCGUAAGUGUUUACUCCCCCUCUUUCCUUAUCUAUAGAUAGGGCCUUUGGCCUCCGAAUAAUGUAAGCUUCCAUUUUAUGAUAUGAUAUUUAUUCUAUUAAAUAUUAUCCAUUUAUUCUAUAAUUUUUUUUCUGGGGGUGAUCUUCAUCGCUCUACAUGCUCUCCAGUGUUUUCCUCGUUGCUAUUCAGGUUUUCCGCUGCUUCCGCUUCUCUUGUAUUUUUGUUUAAUUAUUGUGUGCAAUGGCGGGUGGUGAUGACUUGUUGCAGUCAAUUGGUGUUCGUCUUGAUGGGAAGAAUUUUGGGUAUUGGAGUUAUGUCAUGAUAAAUUUCUUGAAGGGUAAGGGGCUAUGGGAUUACGUUUGUGGAAAAAGUGUGUGCCCAAAGUCAGGAGACGAAAAAUUUGAUGAACUGUUUCGGAUUUGGGAGACUAAUAAUUCCAAGAUUAUUACUUGGAUUAAUAACUCCGUUGAACAGAGAAUUGGGGUGCAACUAGCGAAAUUCAAAACUGCAAAAGAUAUUUGGGAUUACUUGUCUAAACUGUUUGUGCAAAAUAAUUUUACGGUUAAAUAUCAGUUGCAGUCUGAAAUUCGUGCCUUAGUACAAAAUGAUUAGGGGAUCCAGGAUUAUUUUUGUGCAAUGACAGCUCUUUGGGAUCAAUUAGCAUUGACAGAAUAUGUUGAGUUGCAAGCUUGUGAUGCUUAUAUCAAGUGUAGGGAUGAAGACCGUCUUGUCCAACUACUCAUGGGUCUUCGUCCAGAAUUUGAUAACUGUCGUUCGGGAUUAUUGCACCGUAAACCGCUGCCAUCUGUUGAAGAUGUGGUAAAUGAACUCAUGGCCGAAGAAACUUGUUUGAAGACUUCAAAGGGAGCACAUCCUGCUUCCACAUCUGUCUUGGUAGUUCCUCUUUCUGCCCCAGUCCUUGUAGCUCCUAUUAAUCAGUACAAAACUUCCUCUGUUGAUAAUUGUAACUACUCCAAACAGCCAGGACAUUGGAAAAAACAAUGCCCCGAACUACGGAAAGGGUCUAGUUGGAAGCCUGCACAGUCGGGGCAAGGUUACAAGCCUCCACAGCCACGCACACAAGGGUAUAGACCUACAACUCAGUACCAUGGUGGGCAGCAGAAACACUACCCACACCCACCUACUCAAGCAGCCUUGGGUCCAUCCUUGAAUCAAUCUGGUUCUGAAGUUAUUGGGAACUCAAGUCCAGAUUUUUUGGCUGACCAGUUCCAGCAGUUCCUUGCCUUCCAGCAAUAUCAGAAUUCUACUCAGUCUCAUGCUCUCUCAGUUCCCUGCCCCCCACCACCGCUCACUGGCUCAGGAUCUAAAAUCCAAGAGAGUGAUUGGGACAGGGCAUAGGAAGGGGAAAGGUCUCUAUGUUUUGGAUGAGCUGCAUCUUAGUACUCAUGCAACAACUAUGCAUGUCAAAUUGUCUACUUUUCAUUUGACUGCUUCUUCUUCUAAAUUUUAUUUGUGGCAUUCUAGACUUGGACAUGUAUCGGGCUCCCGCCUGCGUUUUAUGUGAGGCGUGCUUGUUCAAGAAUAUCCUUAGUGUACUUAGACUGAGAAAGUAGAUUUUUAGAAUUAUGACUAAAUAUCGC